CCGACGAAGGAAAGGUCUAUGUAUAGUGCAGAUCCGCAUAAAGCUCUUCGUAUUGGCGAUAACACGACCAACCGAGUCCAACAAAUUUCAUGCUUCAUCUUGGAUAACAUGCAAGUCAGCUCACUUGGCGCCCGAGACGCGCAAUCCCGACACGGGGGAGAACUCCGAUACUUCGCCAAGCACCUGCAUUCUUCAGGGCAAAAUUCCUUGUCGUCACCCCUGAGCCCUCGCAGAACACGAACCACACCACUGAUGUCAUGCAUAAACCGCCCCUGCAGACCGAGACCCCCAAGACGGCUCGGAGACGGACAAGUUAAGUCAUCGCUAUUCAGGCCGCCCUCAUACCUGUCUACAUGUUGAGCCUGCGUAUCCAUCUUCUCCUGAUUUUGUUUAGCAGGGAUGCCGUAGUCGUCUGUUCCUGAUAAUAGCAAACUCAAAAUCCCUGCAUCAAUCGUCCCAACUCUCUCCUUCAACCCCGAUGACGUCAUUCCUCCCCCCUUUCUCUCUCCCACACCAUCUCGCAUCCACACCACUACAACACCCUGGAGAGACAAGCUUGGAUCUAGCAGAGGUUCCAGAAUCUGAUCGUUACCCAUCGAUCCUUACCCGCCUUGAUUCUGGCGACUCAGCCGAGUCAGCGCACCAAGCUGGGGUAAGCUCAACUCCACAGAGCGCAACAAAGUUCUUUAGAGAACAACAGGAACAGAAGAAAAGUCCUCUAAGAAUUGAAACGGAUUCAGAUAGAGGAAGAAGCUCAAUAGGUAGUCAUCCAGCAACCAUGACAUCCAAAUCUCAGUCCGAACAUGGGUCUCGGUCACCGCCUACACAAUAUGAAGGAGAGGAAGCACCAGUGAUCGAUAGCGAGGGGGGAAGCGAGAACGACGCCCGGAAGGGAGAUACGCCCAAACGGCCAAAGAGCCCUGCCUACGUCGCCCCCAUCCCGAGGAUAGGCAGCAUCUCACCAAAACUCUCACCGGGAAUCCAAAUAUCCGCCACGGACCGCCCAGAGCUUCCGCCGUCCAUUGGCGCGCUUCUCGUCGGGAAACUGAUCGAUGAAGACGGCGAUGUCAUAGACGAAGAGACAGGGCAGGUCCUAGCGCACGCCGCCGGUGACCUGCCCUCGAUGGUCGGGCGGCGGGUGUCCAACGCCCAAGGCGGCAUCCUCGGCGAUGACGGCGAGCUCCUGGGAUAUGUCGCCGACAUCGAGUGGCCGAAGGAUCGGCCGCCGCCCACGGCACCACCACGGAGCCUGUUUGACGUGAUGGGGCGCUCCACGAGCUCCCUCAUGGUCGACCACGCGGGGAACAUCCUCGACGCGGGCGGGAAUGUCGUCGGCACCUUCCACGAUAACAACAACCCGCUACACCGCAAGGAAAAGGAGGAAAAGGAGGCUCGAGAGCGCGCGCAGCAGACCGAAGAAGAGACGGCGCCUCAGCAGCGGUCGACUGCUCCGACCCCGACGCCAACGCCGCCUCAGCAAGCGGAGGAGCAGGCGCAACCCCAGUCACAAUCGACUCCUAGUGAUGAGAGUCAGCCUAAGCCGAGAAGAACGGAAGAGGAGAGGAGACAGAAUGCGGAAGCGUGGCGGAAGGAGAACCCCAACGAGAGCCCGUCUGAUAUUUUCUUGGAUGUCAAGUCCACGAGGGAGGGGAUCCAGCUGACCAUCCGAAUUCCCACCGUGUUCAAUGGUCAGCAGACCACACCACACAUCUCGUUUUCGUAGUCGUGGAAGUGAGGGGAAUGACGGAAUUUCAGCGGCAAUACCAUGUCCAGGGUUAUCAUGAGCGGCUAAUCGAGGAGUUGACGGACGGGCCCGGUUGGAAAACGGUAUAGGGAGUUCAGGAUCGCCGUAGCCUCGCAUGCCCCUCAGUCCCAACGGGCAUCGCGCAGUUUAGAUCGAGAUUCUUUGUAUAAUAGACCAUUGAUAGGAGCAAUUUUCCGAGCCUAAAUGCACUAGUAUACACCCCCCACUUCACAAGCAUUGAUAAGCCAGCCCGGCCCAGCCUGGGAUGAUCUAGUCUGGGGUGCUG